AUGGAGGGUUUCAGAUCCAAAUCAUACAGGGAUGGUGAGAUGCAGAUGGAUAGCUACUACUAUCAAGCUAAAGAAGGAGGGCCAAGGAACAUGCAAGACCUCCGAUGCUACAGUGCCAAUUAUGCCAACUCUGUUCAACCACCAAAUCAGCUGGGCAAGGAAAUUAAGAUGAAGAAAAGCAAAAGCACUUUUGGGUCUUCUUCAAAAUCAUGGAGCUUCAAUGAUCCGGAGCUGCAGAGGAAGAAAAGGGUUGCUGGUUACAAGGUUUACGCGGUUGAAGGCAAGAUGAAAGGGUCUUUAAGGAAAAGCUUUAGGUGGAUCAAAGACUAUGUAUUGUAUGGGUGGCGCUGAUUCUCUGCUGCUUGUCUCGAUUUUUCUUUUUCUUCUUCGUUGGGGUUUGUGUUUGACUAUGUCGGUGGAUGGCAACUUUGGGAUAUGCGAAAUUUCCUUGAAUCUGGAAUUUUUCAUAAGCUUUUACAAUAUAUAUAGCAUAAAGUAUACUUUGUAGAA